AUGGAAGACGCCCUCGGCGAGGAAGGGGAAGAGGAAAAGCUCUGGUUCGGGGGCAAGGCGAGGGGGAUGUCGGACCUGAUGAUGAUCUUCCCGAUGGACAUGGCCGACCAGAGGGGCUACUUCGACGGCACCAAGUACCCCCAAGGUUCGGAACUGGUUGGAUCGAACUCACAAUCUCCCGGCCUACAAGAGAGCGAUGGAAAAGGGUGGCAAGUACAAUCUCAAGACGUUCCAGGAAAUAACAACUUCUAUCAUAUCUAUCACUGCCCUGUCCAAUCUACCUCCAUUGUCUUCAUCGAAUAG